AUGGGUUCAAACGUUAGCGCUAGAGUUGAACCUACAUCGGCACAGCUGGACAAAGACAAAAACAACAACGAAGGCAUCAUCUUAAUUUGGAUUGGUUCGGUUCCUGUGGGUGAAACUGAGUUAGCACUGCAAACAAAGCUGAAAUCAAUAACAAGUUCAGUCAAACUUCUUUCCGAUCUGAACACAUCGAUAGCAUUCGUGAAGUCGAUUACAAAAGAACGGAUAUUUGUCAUUCUGAAUGUCGAUAUCAACGAGACAACGAAUAAGUUCAUCAAAGAAUUAAGUCAAAUAAGUCAUGUUAGUUCGAUAUUUAUCAUUGACAGUAGUGAAAAUUCUAUUCAAUCGAGUGAGAACGUUUCUGAAGAGCGUCUGAAAGCAAUGCGUUUUUCAUCAUUCGAUCGAGCUUUGAUGGACACAGUACGACAUCACAUUCGAACAGCAGUAAAAACAAUGAUCGGAAUCAGUAUGUUCGAUCAAGGAAAACAGAAUACGACCCGAGAUUUAACCAAGAACAUGGCCGGUUUUCUCUGGUUUCAAAUACUGCUUCAAGUUUUAAAAGAAUUACAGCAUGAUGAUCAAGCGAAGAGUGAAAUGUUGGAAAUGUGCUCGAAUUACUAUCGAAUGCAAGAUGAUCAAAGCGAACUCGCACAAAUUGAAGAAUACCGAACUACGUAUAGGAAAGAACAAGCGAUCCACUGGUAUACACGUGACUCUUUUCUCUACAAGUUGCUGAAUAAAGCUCUACGUACCGAAGAUGUUCGUUCAUUAUUCUCGUUUCGAACUUUUAUUGUCGAUCUAUGUGCUCAAAUUGAUGAUCUACAUGGAAAACAGUGUGGAACGGGAAACGCGCAGAUUAUGCGCUUGUUUCGUGGUCAACGCAUGACGAACAGAGAACAUGCUCAAUUGCUAACAAGCCAGAAUAAACUUGUUUCAACGAAUGGUUUCAUCUCAGCAACCAAAUCGAUUGAUGUCGCUAGGGGAUUUGCUUUUCAAAACACGUUAUCGAACGAUUUAAUUCCUGUACUCUUUCAAAUUCAGGUGUCAAAUCGCUUGGAACAUGUUCGCUUUGCUGAUAUCGCAGCACACAGCGUAUAUCAAGGUGAAGCCGAAGUUUUAUUUAGUCUCGGUGCUGCUUUCGAGAUUACUAAUGUACAUGAAGGAUCCGGAGAUCAUUCGCUAACAGUCGUAACAAUGGUUGCAACUGAUGACGGUUAUAAGAGUGUUAAUCGUUAUAUAAACGCAUCCAGAGCGGAAUAUGAGAGCGAAGAUAAAAAAGUCAUUCUCGGACGACUUCUAUUAGAUAUGGGUCAGUAUCGCGAGUCGAGAGAUUACUUCACAGAUUUAAUUGAUUAUACUAGCAAACGAAGAGGGACAACUGACUCGCUUGAAUUCGCACCAUUCUAUCAUAAUAAAGGGCGUGCUUUGGCGGCCAUGGGUUUAUUGAUAGAAGCACUAGGAUUAAUGGAGCGUGCUGAAAAGAUUCAUCGUAAAAACUCUUCGAUGAAAACCCGUGAGCGCGUGCAAGUGCUCAACAGUAUCGGGGUAAUCGAAGGUGAAUUAGGUCACUAUCAAAAAGCUCAACAGAACUUUCACGACGCGCUCAACGUUUUCAAACACUUGGAUUCGAGUGAGAAAAGUUCCAACAGUCAGUUGCAAAUCGCUACUGCUGAAAGUAACAUUGGCUGGGUACUCUAUCUGAAGGGUAGUUACAGAGAAUCCUAUGAACACCAUACAAACGCUUAUAAAAUUCGUCAGGCUCACUUGCCGGACAAGCAUCCACUAUUAGCUGAUAGUUUGAAUGCUAUCGGUGCUUUGCAUCAUGCUCAAGGUUUGGAUUCUGUAGCUGAAAAAAAGUACACGGCCGCUUUGACCAUGCGUUUACAAGUCUUACCUGAUCGUCAUCCUUCUAUAGCUAGUAGCUACCAGUCGCUUGGCAAUUUACAACUAGAAAAUGGCCGGUAUGAUGACGCUUCGAAAUUGUAUGAAGAUGCACACUCCAUAUACGCAGAGACGUUCGGCGAAAAUCAUCCUUUCGUUGGUAAUUCGUAUAAAUCACUCGGUAGUGUUAGUCUUGAGAAUUCAAAUUUUGAGCAAGCACUCGAAUACUUCGAAUUAGCUCGCAAGAUUUUAACAAGAAAUUUCUCCGAAAAGCAUCCAUCCGUUGGUGAGUGUUAUCAUUUCAUUGGCAUUGUUCACGAACGUAAAAAAAUGUUUAAAAAAGCAAUCUUCUAUUACAAAAUGGCAUUAGAUAUCUUUUCCCAGGAUCUCGACGUUGACCAUCCCAUUGGAGCGAAAGUAUUCAUUUCAUUAGCCAAUACUUACAUGCGUAAGAAUGACUUUGAGCAAGCAGAACGAAAUAUACAACGAGCAUAUGAAAUUCAAAAGAAGGCCUAUGCAAAUGAUCACCCAGAACUUCUGCUGACAUUGAACAAUUUCGGCGUACUCUAUACACAAGCACAACAAUAUGACAAAGCGAAAGAUUAUCUCAACCAAGCAUUGAAGAUGUGUGCGAAAUGCUACACAAUCGACCAUUUAGCUACUGCUCGCACUAAUUACAAUGCUGGUGUACUUCAUGCUACUAUAGGAGAAUAUGCAAACGCAAUCACGUAUUACAAAUCUGCCAUUGAUAUUCAAGAACAAAAACUACCAUCGACAAAUCUUUAUGUGAUUGAGAUACACAAUGCUAUUGCAGAUGUUUACAUGCGAGAGAGAAAAUUCAUCGAAGCCCAACAACAUUUGAUGAAGGCUAAGAGUCGAUAUGAAAGUAAUAAUUGCACAAAGAGUAAUCCUGAUUAUACUAGGAUCGAGAAAAAUUUGAAAAAGAUCAGUAAACUAACCAAUAAAUGA